GAUGCUUUUGUUUUGAAAGGUCACGAGUCGGUUGGUUUCCUGCUUCAGGCGUUAACAUCGUUUCAAGGACAGUUUAGACUCGGUUGCUCUGUUAGAUCCACAUUUAUUGACACAGUUAUUCCCCAGGUCCCACGAUGGGAAGUGCACGUCUCCUCCUGAUCCCCAUAUUGCUGCUCCUCCUGGCCCUUCCUGUCUCCAAGGGACGUUACAAUGAUGACUUUGAUGAUAACGAGGACCUUGCAGACUUUGAUGACAAUGAUUUUGCAGAGUUUGAAGACAUGAAUGAUGAUUUAACAGCUGAAGCAGAAACUGCCCCCCCGCCACGUGUUUCCCCAUCCUCACAACCUGAAGAGGAUGAAGACGAAGCCACCGUGGAGCUGGAGGACGGCCAAGAUUUUGAGGACUCGGAUACUCAGGAUCAAGACAUGUACAGCAAAUAUGACCAGGAGGAGUUUGAGGGGUUUGGAGACAGAGAAAAGACAAGCCACUCAAUGAAGGACCCUCUUAUAAUCCACACGGUUCCUGCGCAUCUUCAGAACAGCUGGGAAAGUUACUACAUGGAGAUCCUGAUGGUGACCGGCCUCUUGGCCUACAUCAUGAACUACAUCAUCGGCAAGAACAAAAAUAGUCGGCUGGCUCAAACCUGGUUUAAUUCCCACAAAGAGCUGCUAGAGAGCAACUUUGCAUUAGUGGGUGAUGAUGGUACCAGUAAAGAAGCCGUGAGCACUGGGAAGCUGAACCAGGAGAAUGAACACAUUUACAACCUGUGGUGCUCUGGACGCGUGUGCUGUGAAGGCAUGCUCAUUCAACUUAAGUUUCUGAAGAGGCAGGACCUGCUCAAUGUUUUGGCCAGGAUGAUGAGGCCCGCGUGUGACCAAGUGCAAAUCAAAGUGACUCUAAAUGAUGAGGACAUGGAUACUUUUGUGUUUGCUGUGGGUACCAAGAAAGCCAUGGCUCGGAUGCAGAAGGAAAUGCAGGACUUGUGUGAGUUCUGCAGUGACAAGCCAAAGUCGGGAGCCAAGUAUGCGCUUCCAGACUCUCUGGCUAUUCUUAGUGAGAUGGGCGAGGUCACAGAUGGAGUGAUGGACAACAAGAUGGUACAUUACAUCACCAACCAUGCUGACAAGAUUGAGUCCAUCCAUUUCUCAGACCAAUUUUCUGGUCCAAAAGUUAUGCAAGAGGAGGGUCAGCCACUAAAGCUGCCUGAAACCAAGAAAACACUGCUGUUUACAUUUAAUGUGCCUGGUAUGGGCAACACGUCUCCCAAAGACAUGGACUCUCUGCUUCCUCUCAUGAACAUGGUGAUCUACAGCAUCGAUAAAGUGAAGAAGCUGCGUCUCAACAGAGAGGGCAAGCAAAAAGCCGACAGAAACCGGGCCCGUGUGGAGGAGAACUUCCUGAAGCAAACUCACGCUCAACGGCAGGAAGCGGCCCAGACACGGCGGGAGGAGAAGAAAAGGGCUGAGAAGGAGAGGAUCAUGAAUGAGGAAGACCCCGACAGACAGCGUCGUCUGGAGGAAGCCGCACAGCGGCGCGAGCAGAAGAAGAUUGAGAAGAAGCAGAUGAAGAUGAAGCAGAUCAAAGUCAAAGCCAUGUGAAGCAUCGCUAUGGACAAAGACCUACAAGCACAUAUACAUGCAGUGCUCAGCUCAGUUUCUCUCCUGCUUCUCCCACCACAGGCCACAUCUCCAGCUCACAGACGCCGGCCGUACGGCUCCAGAAAGACAUGCUGUUUCUCUGGGUGUGUCAGCCUCAGCUGUUUCUAUCACUAACCACUCCAUGUGAUGUGACUAAACCUUAAAAGACUGUGAAUGAGCAGCUGUUUUCAAAUGUGAGGGUUUCUUCACCAUCAAAUCUUUCACCUCCAUCACACCUGGAUUUUUCUUUAUGAUUAAUUAAAGAUCUGUUUGAAAGUUGGACAGCUCUGUGAGCUUUUUAAACUGAAUUUGCUGGGAAAGGAAUACACUAUUUUGUGGUAUUGUGCCACGUUUUUAAAGGACUGAAAUGAUUGCUCUACUUCCACUGGAAAUUUUAUUAGCAUUAAUAUAAUCAUUAAAUGAUAAUUUCAAAGAAUUUUAAUGUAUAUGUGCUAUGAAAUUUGUUUCUUGCAAGCUGUUUGUACUGGAAAUCUGAGCAAACAAUAAAAUGCACUGUAGUCGGUUGGAGAA